AUAUAGCUCAGUCUUCGGUCAGUGCAGUUACAAUACAGGAGCGAUGUGUGAAACUAAUGUUGCAAGUUUUGGGUUUGUUUGAUAUAAGUUGUGUUUCAAAAUGUUAACAGUUGUUCGACGAAGAUAGAAUGUAUCGAAUAGUAAGGAUCUUACUUUGCGUUCUGUUAGCCGCAUCUCAGGUUCUAAUUCAACACGCGUCAGAUGUUUUUGCGCGACGAGGAAGAAUAACGAAACCCGACACCUCCAUUAUCGAUCUUGACACCAAUGUAACCUUCUUCCUGCUCGAAUGCACGCUGGACAACUUUUUGGUGGGCAGUAGUGACAUCAGCAUGUUGGAAAUCAACCAAACUAAGAAUGGCGUGAAUCGCAAAAUAGAAACACAGGUGAACGGCGUAAACUCGAAACUAGCAAAAAUAGAUCUCACCAACGAAACGGAACUGUGUGGCGUCAAUCGUUACUUUUGCUUCUACAAGGAUAAGCCAGUGGUCGAACCAAAAAGUGUUUACGUUGGCAGAAAAGCUCGCAUGGUCUCCGAAGAUGAUAUCCUGUGUAUAUCGGAAAAUCGAAAGUAUCUGACGUGUGAUUUUACCGCAAUCGAGUACUGUGAUCUACCUACUAUUUACACCCUUUCGGUGGCCCGAUCAGGAUCGCUGUGUGCGCUGCAUUACAGCAAGGACCUUAAUCUGUGGCGAUUCAAUAGUUCAACAAAGCGCUGUGAAUAUCAAUCGGCGCAUAAGGAAAUCACGAUGAAAUUGGAGUCGGAGAACAAAUUUGGGAAAACUGCGAUGAAUUUCACUAUCAACAAUUACGAUUUGCUUCGACCGGGCUUGAUAGAAAACUUUAAAAUUUUUGAAAUUACUACUCGAAGUGUUUUGGUUGAGUGGAGUCUUCCUAAAAGUCCGAUGGACGCUCAUCGUUUGUUUGAAUUCCAGUUCAGUGAUCAAAAACAAACUCAUACGAUCGAAGAUCUACUUCCUUUCACGAGAUACAAACUUCAAAUUAGAAGCAGAUUGGCCCUGCCGAAGGCGAGGAAUUUCGAAGAUGUCUAUUGGUCGGAUUGGGUAAGCACCGUUUUCGCGACGGAAGCAUGUGCACCGGAACUGGCACCACUGAUGAUUCCUGGCGGCUAUAGCAUUAGAAAGCGGAUCAACAACCGAAUUACGGUGGAUGUUUAUUGGAAGGGAGUUCCGGAACAGUUCUGGAACGGACCCGAAUUCGGUUACGAUGUGGAAGCCAUUUCGAGCAGUGGUGUUAGUGGUAGCUUCGAGUGGGCGUCCAGCGGCUCGAAAGAUCGUCUUAUUUACCUCAAAAAGAUUUAA